CCUGAAAGGAAUCCAGCGUUGCUCUAUUCAUUGAACAUUCACGCCAAUSCAACACUGCAACAUUUCAAUUUGUUGCCUACUCCAUAUUGACUUUGURUUUGUUUCUCUUUCUCUCAAGAGGAAUUUAGAUCACUAGAUUACGAGCUGCAACGAACAMCACGCCGAAUUAUGUAAGGCUGAGCCGGCCUGUAUUUGAACAAAUGAAAAAAUAGGAUGGCAAUCAUGCGACCUUAUCAGUUUUGUAGCAAAGAGGAAUUCAUCGAACGUCAAGAGCUCAGUCAAGUCUCAGAGAUGGAAGCAACUUUGGAAAGCUGUCAUCUUCCUCAGUCGAAAAGAAUCUUAGAUCCUUGCUUAGCCAUCAGCAAGUAUAGGCGAUCGGCAGCUGGCGGCGACGGUGAUCGAUCAGUUCGAGGCAGAGAGGAACUGAUCGCGACGCUGGCUCGUCUKACACAAAUUUGUGCGACACACCGGGCCACUCCAAGGCAUCCAAAGAUUAAAAAUAUGGAUACAGUUGUCAGUUUUGUGACGGAUCGAUUGCGAGCGUGCCAAUCCGAUGCUACUAGAGGUAUGUCGAAUACCCAAAGCAGUGUCCCUGCCUCAUGGCAUGCGCGUGUGAUUCGCAUCUUGAUCUGGCUUCAAUAUACUUCUUUUGCCUGUUCUAMGAGAACUGAAGAAUCAAUGAGUGCCAGUGCCACUGCACGAACGAUCAGCCACAUGCGCUCGACUGCCUACGACGCAUACUGGAAUAGCAGAGAACAAGAACAAGAAGGUGCGCUCGAAGGUGAACAGYCCCUUGUCGCAAUCAAGUCGACAUCUUGCGACGACGACGAAAUKUUGUGCUACGAUGCGAUGUCCAGGAUCUGUGCCGCAUCAAAAAUAUCGACAACAAAUGGCGCAACAUCGUUGGAAACUAGUUGGAAUGGUAUUCUUAUCGAAUUUUCGAAAAGACGUCAGGAAGGUAUGUCUUAUCCUCUCUGGACCGUUGCCCUAGAAGUCACAUCCCAUGUGAGACGCGAAGAAUACUAUGUCCUUUGGGGAGACAAAGGCUCAGUGCCCCAAAAACUGCCGAUAUUGGCAAAGUCCAUUUUGGUCCGGGAGCUGCUGCUUCCCGCAAGACAUCGGACGGUACAGCAUUACAAUCUAAGUUUUGGCAAGGGAGAAAUGGUUGCUGACAUGGAUCGAUUGCUGGGCAUUGAGACUAAUUCACGACACUCUCCAGAUGCAACACAGCCAACAAAAGAAUCCGCYRCAAAUUCUUCGGGUUGGUGCAUUGAGUAUGCAAAUAUAUUUGGAUUACCAGUUGAAGAAGAAUGUAAAAACGAAAAGAGCUCCGGAAAUCUGACAACCAGCAAAACAAUCAAAAUGAAACUAAAGCAUGUUGCCAUGCCAGCAUUCGACUCCAGAAAAGUCGACGCGAAAGCGUUCGAAGCGAUUAGAAAUUCAGAUCGUCGAUGGAUUUUCGGAAAAUUUUACGAUGGUACGAACGAUGGCGCCAUGGGACUCUCGUCGGAGCUCGUAAUGAAAUUKCUCGAGUUUGGAUCACCUUCCGUAUCAAAUGGGUCUACGCAAACUGGUUUCGAUAGCGCCUGCUGUGUUUUACCCGGCGACAAACGCGACAAGACACUCGACAGCAUCAAUGUUCCGGCGUCGUCCCUAGCUAGAGCCAUGGCUGCGAGCCGCGUUGGAAAUAGCAACGGCAUCAGUAGUAGCAGAGAUGUCGACUCAAUCGAUGUGGAAUCCCGGCCUCGUGCGWCCCCACUCACAGUCGCGCCCGAUCGAAUCAAAACGGGCGAARCAAAGAAGCCRAAGAAGCGCAAGAGUUGUCUUUUUUUUCGCACCAGCAAAGGCUGCCGAUUCGGWGACAAGUGCCAUUUCGAGCACUCGUGAUUCCGGCUCUGCAACGAAACAGCAUUAAACGGUACGGUACUAGCCAACAUAAGAUAGUACAACGCUUGACGCAUAGAAUAGAGAGCAGUUAAUGUG